AUGUCUCAACCUAAUUUUAAAGUUAUAUCUGAUCCACUUAAUGCGUUAGCUACGGAAGUCCCCAAUUUACCAAACAUACCCAUAUUUUCUGUCAUGGAAGGUUUGGAAAGAAUAGCUAAAAGGGUUGAUCAAACUUCUCAAAGAAACGACGAAAUCUCUUUAAGAUUUAACCGCGUCCUCACUGCUUACGAACAGCGCAUGAUAGCGCGUGCUGUCAAUUCAACAAUCCGCAACUCUCAAGCAACGAUUGAACCUCUCUUAACAAAUGAUGGUAACCUUCCUGAAGAUUUUCCUCGUAACUUUUUGGAAAUAGAGGGUGCAUCUGAAGACACGAUCAAAAAGCUUCUUUUUGUGUAUGGUCAACCAACUGACGGUGACGUAACUAUCUGCAAACGACGUUUGGUAGGGUAUUUGGGAAUUAUAGCCCUUUAUGUUUGA